CAGUGUAGACUCAGGGUGAUGAUGCAACUAUCCAGCAGCCCAUAGCCCACCCAUCUUCCUCCUGCAGAUCAAUCCAGCGGCUCAGCAACAUGGAUCCCAGACCACGAAACGCAAGAGGGAGCACACACGGGCUGUGAAAUGGGACAAGUAUCAGCCACAGCUUUGCAUCCCUGAGCCUUUCACAACUGCCUUUGCUUCCCCACCCAGGCAGCAGAAGGACCAGAGAUUCUGUUGCUUCUCAAAAGGGAUCCAACCAAAGUUUAUCUCCUUACUCCUUGUGGAAAGUCAGUGGUUUUGUUCAUGUCUGUAAAGUGUGGUGUAAGUGUAUGUAGUAGUAUGAUUUGGGGGAGGUUUGAUCAUUCUAAGAAAAGGAUUAGACUCUUAGACCAAUCUUUCGCAAAGCAAUUAACUAUCAAGUGGAGUACCUUAUUUUGAAUGUGUACAGAAUUUUUCACCUCUGCAAACUUGCCAGCAUCUGAAACUCCAAACAAGGACAGGCUUUAACUCCACUGAGAGACAAUGCGAGUGGAAGAUCUUUUGCAAUGGAGAGCUGGAAAAGGUGAUAAAGCUACCCACUCAUUCUGGUAUGUGGCUCGUGUUGGCCCCAGCUAUGUCUCUCUUGCUUCAUGCAUAUUUCAGCUCAUGAAGAUGCUAGCAUUAAACCCAAGCCCUCUACUGUGCACCUGAUCUUUCAUCUUCGGAAAAAGGGAAUUAACGGGACUUUGAGAGACACAAUCGGCAGGUUUACCCAUUGUAAACGCUUUCUUUGAGAAAGCAAAAUAAACCAGGCACUCGUCAGAGCCUCGAGCAGUGAGCACCGAGCUGGAGCCAUGGGGACUGUGGCACUCUAUGUGCUUGUUUCUAGUGUGAUACAGAACUGCUACUUGAGGAGCAGCCAGUGCAGUGCAGAACUGGAUGGAGAAGUGAACACCUGGGAUGAGGGAGUCCGAAAUAUCCCAGCUUCUGUCACCAGCCUCCUGCAGCUCAGACGGGGCGAUGCCAGAGGAGAGGGGCUCUCUGCCAAGGUCCCUCUGGUAAAAGCAAGUGAGGCAGCUCACACAAGGGGAACCAGCUCCUCACCACAUCCUGGCCCCAGCCCAGAUUCAGGAGCCUCCUUUAGUUCCUCCGCCCCGGGGAGGGCCCUGCCUGCAGGAGAAGUUUCUGCCCUGGCGUUGCCCUUGGAACAGGAAGGUGAAGGAAGUGGCACUGCAGCCCCAGCAGGGAGCGCUGCCCAGGGGCCUCCUGGAGUUAUCGAGCAUCCCUCAGGGAUCUGGGGCAAGGAAAUCCCCACUCGCAACAGGAGCAAAGCAUAUUCUCUGCCUGCUGGGAACACUACAGGGAUGGUCCGAUUGUCCACCCAACGGAAACAGGAGAGUGCCACCCGGCCUCCAGUCACGACAGCAAGGCAGAAAUCUCCACCUGCUUCCAACUGGCUCCCUGUGCUGGAGAAGCAUGACAUCCCGGUGGUUGUGGGAGUCUCCGUGUCUCUGGCUUUGAUAUUCAUUUCCAUGGGGGUGUAUUCGUUCCGCCAGAAAAUAGAGCACGCCAAAGGCAAUAGUACCUCUUCUCAAAAAUCCUCUAACUCUAGGAGAAGGAGAAAUUACUUGGAAGCGGACGAGGCGUAUGAGAACAGGGCUUUCGAAGUUGAAUGCACUGUCGACGCUGUUGAGCAGAAUCCGCACAACACCAGCACUUCCCCCAGCCUGCUGCACUCCGACCCCACGCUCCCUGCAGAGGCGGCUGGGCACAGAGAGGAACCCCUGGGUGUUGCUGCUGGCAAGCUUCUGCAGAAGGCACAGGCCAGGGCAGUGGAAUUGCUGGGUGGGAGCCCGGCUCCAGUUGUCUUCUCUGCUCCUUGUGAUGUGCAUGUUGCUUCGUACCAGGACUCCCCAGUGUCCCUGCAGCGUGAGUCUGCUCAUCAGGAGAAACCCCCAAGCCCUCACAAAGCUGCACCCUCUUCUGCGCCCACACAGUUGAAGAGUGCUGGGCCCGGGGAGCCUGCUGCCAGGGCUCCUGGCAUGUGCUCCGCAACCUCUCUGGCUCUCCAGCACAUUGGCACCACGCUGUAUUUCCACGGGCCUGAGCCACUGCUCCAGAGCAUCGUACCGCUCGGGAGGAACACCCGUGGGAAUCACGGCCAAGUUACUGCAGCCCCUGUGGUGGGGAUGGUGGAGCAUUCCCCUCCCGGAGAUCAGUCCAGUGCUGAAAUAGCCAUGAUGUCUGUUACUGUGGAAAUACACCUGUACCCUUGCAACGCAGAGGUGUCCUCAGCCUCAGCAGCCACGCAGAAUGUCUCUGAUUCAUCUCAUCCAGAGGCAGCCGGGGCAGCAUCCCAGCAGCCAGCUUCGCUGGUCGGCCCUGGGCCCAGGAGUUUUUUGUGACUGGAUUAAAACUGACCCAGUGAAGCCUUGAAAAGGACAAAAUAACCCUUCUCUGGCAGAGGGAGGCCAGGAGCAGACGCGUGCCCUGAUGAUUAGUGCUCUGAAGUGGGUCAGAAUAUUCUACUAUGUAUAUGGAUGUUUGUUCUUAUCAUGGCCUCCGUUUCUUUGGUCCUCCUCAUCUGCUCCUGUCUCUAGCUUUUUGAGUCACUCUCCUCUGUGCUACAUCAGCCACAAAACCCCCAGCUGCAGAAUGUUGAGCCAGAAAUAGCAAGAAGUCGCUCCAAGCCAUCGAAUCCCUUGGCAUGUGUGUCGGUAGAGUCACAAUUAGGGCUUGGGACACUCUUGGCUUGGAGAAUGAAUUGAGGACAGUUACAAGACCGUUGUUUUACUGUGCAGAUUGCAAAGCCCUGUGUCCUGGGAGCAUCCAGGGAAGGACACAGCGAGAUCAUAGGCAAACACUGCAGUGCCAUGUGACUGAAGUAGAAUAAGUCUUGUUAUGAUGGAACGGAAGAAGUGCACUGAACCCUACAGGAAGCGUUCCCUGUGUCUGGCAUGGAGAUGUGUGAAAUUGUGACUGAUUGGCUAUCUCGUUCUGUGAUGUGGACACAGAACCCUGCUGAGGGAGAUUAACAUAGGGAUAGAUGUUAUGCUAGGGAGACGCUGUGUGAGAAUGUAAGCGCUGUGUUGUCAGCAUCUGGAGCUUUAAAAUAAACCCAUGGUAACAUGGAUGGAAUGUCGGCAAACGGUAAGUUCUUCAUCAGCAAUGAACACAGCAGCAGCUGUGGGGUGGGCAGGCUGCACAGGAGAGAAGAGGCUGUAUGCAGCAGGGAGAUCAGUGGUUCAUCUGGGGGCGGGGGUGUCCCUGCACCAGGUGGGGGUCUAUUGACCACACAACAAGAGAAGGGCUGGGUGGCUGGAGCAGAGCUGGAAGGUGGUGCCGGGGAAUAAAGGGUGCUAAGAUAUGGCAGAUGGGAAGAAAGAGUGGGAACAGGCUCCCUGUGCACACACCCCAGGGCUUCUCUUAAAGCAAAGGAUAUUUGCAUGUAUAGCUUCUGAGCUGUUCAGAAUGUUACAGAGCAUCACCAGUACCCACUCCCACACUGCUACAUGCUGUACCCUGGCCAGAGCAUCUCUGGGAAUGGGACCCUUCCCCCGAAUGCCAGUGAUUUGCCAGCUCUUCUGCACACGUCAUGUUCUUUUUAGCACUUGAGUCUGAUGAGCGGAUGCCUGAAACUCUUCUGGAAGAACUCAGCAGGCCAUU